UUCAACAAUGCCUGAUGUAACAAAACCCGCGCCCAAGAAAGGGUCGAAGAAAGCCGUCGUUAAAUCCACCACCAAAACCGGCAAGAAACGGAGAAAGUCUAGGAAGGAGAGCUAUGCCAUCUACGUGUAUAAAGUCCUGAAGCAGGUUCAUCCCGACACCGGGAUCUCCUCUAAGGCCAUGGGCAUCAUGAACUCCUUCGUGAGUGACAUCUUUGAGCGUAUCGCCGGGGAGGCUUCCCGUCUGGCUCAUUACAACAAGCGCUCCACCAUCACCUCCAGGGAGAUCCAGACCGCUGUCCGCCUGCUGCUGCCCGGAGAGCUGGCUAAGCACGCCGUGUCUGAGGGCACCAAGGCCGUCACUAAGUACACCAGCUCCAAGUAAACCUGCUGAUUUAUCAGCCAAAAAAACGGUCCUUUUAAG